AUGGCAAAGAUUCAAUAUCUCAUCCCAGUGAUGGCCUUCGCCGCCGUCUUGUUCCUUGUCGGAUUUCUCCAUUUCAGAAUACAGUUCGCCGUGGCUAUAUAUCGCUUGACGUUCCACCCUCUCGCCAGAUACCCUGGUCCCUGGUAUGCUGCCAUAUCGGAAAUAUCUAAUAUCUAUUCGUGCUUAAACGGUGAACGUCACCUUCAAUUCAAAUCAUGGCACGAUAGGUAUGGAUCCGUAGUUCGAUAUGCGCCAAAUCGCCUUUCAUUCUGCGACAAAGAUGCCAUACAAGAUAUUUAUGGGGUACGAUCUAAUACGCAAAAGUCACGAGUUUAUGGGGGAUUCAACCAUAUUUUCAAGGCAUCAGCAAGUCUUACAUGUAUUGAUCGAAGCCAGCAUUCGUUCAAGCGAAAGAUCUUGAAUGUUGCACUGCAGCCCAUAAAGCUUAAGAAUUUUGAGAAGCAUGUCCUGAGGAACCUCAAAAUAUUCAUCGACAACGUUCUCACAGAUGCAUCAGGGGCGGAGUGGAGUAGGCCACGCAAUCUCUCGGAGAUCAUCCAGUUUCUUUUCACGGAUAUCAUGGGAGAUAUGAUGUUCUCCCAAAACUGGAACGUCCAAACCUCGGACUCGAAACGCUGGAUCUUGGAUAUUCUUAUCCUCGGAACAUCCGGUCUACACGCCGCAGGACACAUGAUUUUAGCUCUGAAACUGAAUUUGGACAUGUUUCUGGUCCCUAAGACUAUGGCAGCCACGCGACGGUUCCUCGCGAUUGCGAGGAGCCAGUGUGAGGAACACAUCCGAAAAGACAGAACCUACGGAGAGCAUGCGGACCUGUUCUCCUUAUUCAUUCAGGCCAGCAAUAUUAAUGACCCCAAGUCAGACAGACAAAGCUAUGCUUUCACUAUGGACGACCUCGUAGCAGAAACCGGGAUUUUAAUAAUCGCGGGUGCGGACACAACUGCUACUACAGUCACUGCGACAUUAUACUACCUUCUCCAGAAUCCAGAAAUCCUUCAGCAGGUUCAGUCCGAAGUUGAUGAGGCCUUCUCCCGUAUUAAAAAGCUCGGCCUGGAGUUCGAAACUAGUGAAGGCUUAUCGAGCUGCCAACUUCUAAGGGCAUGUACUGAAGAAACUAUGAGACUAUCUCCCCCUGUUGCUGGACUUCUUCCUCGGGAGGUCCUCCAAGGUGGCCUGCUCAUCGCCAACCGAUGGUCAGUUCCUGCUGGUGUCGAUGUAGGAGUCCCUGUGUAUGCCAUCCACCAUAAUGAAAAAUACUGGGAGAGUCCUCACCAUUUCGAUCCGAUGCGGUGGAUUGAGAGAUAUCGAAAAGACUGUCGCCAUACAUUUAUGCCAUUCGGAGUUGGCAGGACCGGUUGUGUGGGGAAGCAGCUAGCUUACAAUGAGAUUAGCCUCGUACUCGCUCGGAUUCUGUGGACAUAUGAUCUAGAAAUGAUGCCAAGUAGUCAGUCGAGUGGCUCAGGUUUCGGAGGCAAUUUCAACGGAUCUUGGGGCCGAGGAAACAAGGAUGAAUUCCAGACUCGGGAUUUUUUCACAAGCUCGCACCACGGGCCGAUAGUUCGUUUCCGCAAACGCUUGAGUUCUGCAGCUAUCUCCCCUGAUGGCUGA